AUGAAUUCGUUCGGCCAGAUCCCAACAGAUUUAUCUCUUCCCACACAUCAACAAACACAAGACCAAACUUUACCCAUCACUCAAAACACACUUGUCCCAAAACAAACUCUCAUUCCGCCACAGUUGAAUAACUCAAUAACAUUAACCGCCCCCGAUCACUCAACAAUGCCUUUGCAACAAAAUGUUAUUCAAAAUGUUAUUCCACGUCCCUUGGAAACGCAACAAAGUGUUGUCCCACAAAUCCAAGGCAUCCAGGGUGUACAACAAAUACAGAUGAUGAGUUCUAAUGCGCAGUUGCCACAACUUGGAAGUGUCCAAAACGUCCCACAAACCAUUCAACCGAAUAUACAACAACAAAUCCAACCCCCCAUCGAGGAUAUCCGAACAUCAAUGUUUAAUGAAAUGUCUCUGAACCCGUUGAAUGAUCAGAACGCAACCGAGAUGCUGAUGAGAAUGCAAAUGAUGCCGCCAAUGCAAAAUUUGGAACAACCACCAACUCUCCCUGAGCUCCCUGUUUUUGAAGACACGAAUUAUCCAACAGUCGGACAACCGGAUUUGAAGACUAAGAAGUGCUUGAAUAAAGAACUGGUGAGGGACAAAGAUGGGAGACUCUUCUACUGUUAUACGUACCUUGUCAAAAACAAAGCCGGAGAAGAACAUGAGCAAAAAGUGUAUAUCAAGAAGUCCUCUUCGAAGGCUCGACAGCCUAAAACACCGACAGAUGGCAAUCGGUAUGAUGAAAAAGUUGUUGUGGAAGACAAAGAAAGAAAGAUGACUAAGCAACAUGGACUUUUACUUCAAUUCAUUAAUGCACACAUCGAACAGAUCAAGACAUAUAACAAAUUUGUUGUGUCUAGAGUACUACAAGACGUGAAGAGAGAACAACCAGAUUCAAGAGUGUCGUACGGCCUUGUCAAGAAAGUCCUCGAACAACAACACCUUCUUCCAGCGAAGAAGACUUACUAUAAACUAGAUUGA